AUGAGAGUAGCUACUCCAGCUCCAAAUUUCUAUAUACAUCCCUUGACACCUCCCACAACUGGAAAGAAAGCAUUGCACCACUCGAUUACUCCUUCUAGCCCUCUCAGUCCGUCACCGAACGCCAUCAAAGCGAACGCUAAAGCUGAAGAUGCGGACGACUGGCGGGAAUUACCUUUGAUCUUGUACCAUGACUCUCGUCAGCUCAGCAAUCGAGACGCUGCAACGAAAACUUCUCCGUCUCAAUCGAUCGGACAAGGUGGUAAAGAAAAGGAAGAAGCUCUGUUUUUCGAAAAGUCUGUUACGCCGUCCAGUGAUGAAACAUUAAAGGAAAUCGAUGAGAGCGAAAGUGACGAUGAAGUUGUGUUCGUUGGUGAUGCGUUGUCAGUGACAUCUUCAUCUAGAAAUAAUAUCCACCAUUCCUCAAGGCCGAAAUUCAAUAUUGAUGUUACUCCUGAGAGUCCUGCACAUCAUCAAGAUGUGGUUCUGUCAAGUCAAGCGAUCCUCAAGCGAACAUAUAGGGAAGUAGAAGAUGAAGAGGAAGUCUCGUUCGUGGGACGUUCAUACAAAGUACCUCGGUUGAAUCCAGCAGGGCACGCGCAGAUGAUCAACAGGGAAGAUACCCCACUUCAAGCCAUGGUCAGUUCGAAAGAAUUUUCCUGUUUGGAAUGCGGUUGUAGCUGUGGUGGUAACUCAAGCAUUAGCAAAGGGAAAGGGUCAGGUAGCACCACUCUUUCUGCGAAAGUCAGAGGGAAUAUAACUUCCUUACUCUUGAACCAAGAUCAAUCGUUAUAUGAUCAGCUCCGAUCAGAUCCUAGGGUACAAGAUUGGAAGGAUAUAGCGGAAUUGGUUGGGGCUCAAAGGGAAGAUUAUGAUCGAGUCCGACAUGCUGCUAGGUGGCUCCAGCAGCAUUUACCAGGUUUGGUCGCGAAGGGAUUGCCAUGA